AUGAAAGCUGGCACAAGAGAUAUUUUAAUUCGCUUCACUUUAGUUGCGUUGUUUCUAUUAAUUGGCGCUGCAGUUUUUCAAGUCCUUGAAAGUACAACAGAUCCACGCGAACUUGAACUGGCUGAAGACGCCGACAAAGCAACUCUGGAGAAAAUGCGAACAAACUUAAGCGUGAAUAUGUCGAAGGAAGAAUUUGACGAUCUAGUGAACAAGCUUCAUAAAUUUCAAGAAGAUCAUCACCAAAGAGCGUCAAGCUAUGAGUGGACGUUUUAUGCUUCACUUUAUUUCUCGUCGAGUGUUAUAACCACAAUCGGCUAUGGCCACAUGGCUCCUGCCACAUUUGGCGGCCGGUUAUUUUGUGUUUUUUACGCGCUAUUUGGUAUACCUCUCUGUAUGUUGGCGUUGAAAUCAAUAGGAGAGAGAAUCAACGAAUUGAUCGAAAAUGGUUUUAUUUUGAUCAGUUCAAAGUACCAGCUCCAACAAGACAAAGGUAUUAAGAUUAAGGUGCUAUUAAGCACUGCUGCCCUGGUCCUAGUCCUUCUCAUGCUCGGUGGACUGCUGUAUUUGUCAGAAGGCUGGAGCUACUUUGACGGAGUUUACUACUGCUUUAUAGCUUUAAGCACUAUUGGGUUUGGGGAUAUGGUACCUAGGAAAGGCCAGGAGCCUUCAUCCGGGAUCCAAACGCUGGAACUUGUCGUCCGGGGUUUCUACAUUGUAUUCGGCCUCGCCCUUGUGUCGAGUCUACUCUCUGCAGUUGUAGCGGCAGCUGAAGUAUUGAACAGAUGGAACGGCUUCAAAAGGACAAAAGGUCUUUGCUGUCACAGAAGGACGGGUGCAAAUAUCACAGAGGAACUGGGUCCAGUAUCUGAUGGCUUGUACACAGUCUCUCGCAACCUGGAUAAUAUUGUGUUUCCAUCUGUCAUUCCUUUCAGACGAUUUGCUUCACAUCAGUCAACACCGCUGAUAAAUGAUCCACGCUGGCUUUACUGAGCUGAAAAUCUUAUCGAUAGUAACCAACCAGGGCGUGACAGUAAGAUCGUGUUUUUCUGUGUGUGAUUUACUGGUGGAAUUUCUAGAUCUAAGAAUGGCGAAGUAAUUUCUUGGCCCAAAGACGUAGAUAGAUGGUAAGAGCAAGCUACCUAGAGUUACGCAUCACUUAUUAUUAUGAACGGAUUAGCCCUGUUAACUUUUAUUUACAGAUUGGU